AGUGGUUAUACACCCAUCUACUUUCUUCUGCCUUUUCUUGAUAAGAAGUUAAGAAGGAUUACGUACAGCGAGGCGCUGCCCUGUGAGCAUACGACUGUAAAACCAAGCUUACGGACCUACACCCCUCUCCCUUUGCGGUGGCCUUUGUGUGGCGAUGCUACGCCAGGCCGCCAAGCUGUCGCUCACGGCCCCGCGCACGGCGCUCCGCCACUGCGCGUCACAGGUGCGGCUUGCCCCGCACACGGCUGUGUCGUCGCUGGCUCGCACCGUGCCACUGCGCACCGCCGUCCGUAGACAGCUCCCCCUCUCUACGCCUUUCCCCACUACGACCGCCGCUUCGUGUUGCACCGUUGCACCUCGUCGAUGGAGCUCGUCCAGCAGCGGCAGCGGUAGUGCGACGAACGCCGACGUCGAGGACGCGAACGCGCCAGCAGCGAAGGCAGCCGCCGUCUCGCCGGUGGAGAGCCCGGUGGAGGAGUCGCCCCGCGCCAAUCCGUCGCUCGCAGAGCAGCUCAGCGCGCUCUCCACGGAGGACCGCGAGCGCAUCCUCGCUGCCCUGCAGCAGCCCGAGAAGGAGAAGAGCUCUGUGAUGGGCGGGGCAGGCAUUGGGCCGGCAGAGGGCGACAUGGUGGCCGCCUUCACCUGCGGGCCGUGCGACUACCGCAUGGUGAAGCGCUUCAGCAAGCACGCGUACACGAAGGGUAUUGUGAUUGUGGAGUGUCCGAACUGCCUCGCGAAGCACCUCCUCGCUGACAACCUCGGCUGGUUGGAGGAUGAGGCGAAGAACAUCGAGGACAUCCUGCGCGAGAAGGGUGAGCGCUUCACUCGGAUUGGCGGGACGCCAGGCGACUUUCAGGUCGUGGUGGACGACGAAUCGGCUGCCGCUCCUGCUGCUGCUGCUGGCGGUGGUGGUGCGACGCCGACGACCGCGUCAGGAUGA